UCAAGCCUCGCUCUGCCAUCACGACGAGUAACGCUUUGCAGGUAAACUUGAGCUCCAAAACCAGCAGUCACCAUGGUGGGCUACUGUCCAAUUUGUGGAAAGCCUGUCUAUUUUGGUGAGAAGAAGCGUUCUCUGGGCCGUGACUACCACCCGCUCUGCCUGAAAUGCCAGCAGUGUAAGAGACAGCUGACCCCUGGCCAACACGCCGAGCACGAUGAGAAGCCUUACUGUAAUAACUGCUACAUGAAGCAAUUUGGCCCCAGAGGUAACAGAAGGCCAGUGUCAUAUUCCUGUCACAGUGCCUCUUAGGGGAGGACACCAGAUCCCCAACCCAACCUGCUGCGCCGCAGUUACCGGUCGGAGUAGCCCAAAAGCGAAACCCACAGGCAUUCUGUCACCGUACAACUGGAAGAAUCAUGCAUCCUUACCUCCAUGACACCGGUGGACUGCAACUGAAAUGGGGAUGAGAAGUGAGGGAAUAGCUGACAGCCUUGUCUUGCCUACUUCUGAGACCUCUGUGGGACUGUCAGUAUAAUAAGUUUUUCAAGGACACCCUUACUGAGAAAAAAAAAUACAAACCAUUGAUGAGACUCAGUUCACUGUAUAGUUGAGAAAAUGCAUGUUCAGACUGUACAUAUUCACUUCACAUUUACUGUCCUCAAAUGAGGCCUCAUUUGAUUUUUUUUUUUUUUUGUUACGAUGGGCUUCAUCAAUUUAAAAAUCAGUCUGCUCAUUCCUGCAAUGCAUGUAGUCCUGCUAUUUCUCAUUCUGUGCACAAGUGUAUAAAACUGCCAUGUGAUUUAAAAACAAGAAGCUAAAAAAGGACAUAACAUGUAUGUCCACGCGAAAUCUUAAACUAGUAAAGCUAUCAGAUGCCAGUGUGUUGUUUUCAAGUUCGUGCUCCUGAUUCAUUUGCAAGGACGAGCGGCUGUUCUCGGCGAGCCUCGCCCAUUGCUGUUGUUUCAUUCUGCUCUUGUUUCAUCAGUGACUGUCAGUGGAAUGAGCAGGCACACAGAGAGCAGCACUAAUGAAAAUGAGGCCUCUCUUGUAAAGACCCACGGAGCGGCAUUCCGCUCUGAAAAACAAGAAAUAUGAAAAAUUCAGUAUUACUAUUAACUAUUUAUUUUGUUUGCCAAUUUGUCUGCUUCAAACUGUGAUUGUAU